CCGCCGCGGCCCAUCCGUUCCUCCACCCGCCAAAGCGCCCAUCUCCCGGAGGGGCGCGGCGCCGCGUCGGCGGGAGCUGGCCCGAGAUCGCGGUCCCGGGGCGCGAGUCGGGGGAGGCUGGUCGGGGCGGGGGCGGGCCGGGCCGGGGUUCCAGAGUCCGUCGGGAGUCGGGAGGUCGCUGUGGGGGAGGGAAGGGGAAGGCUACAGCCCACGCAGGGAGGGGGUUUGGGGUGCUGGGGCCGCCCCUUCCGCGGGGACCUCGAUCCCCGUUGGCAUCCGCCUGUCACUUUGCGGCAGAAGCCCCUCUACGCACCCCCAUUGCCCGCCUAGACCCCGCUCGGCCGCGUUCAAGUUCUCCCUUCAGCACCUGAUCUGCAUCCCAGGACCCAUCUCCCUCCCGACCAGCCACCCCCAUCCCGUCUCCCUCCUGACCAGCUGCCCCCGAACCCAUCUCCCUUCCAACCAGCCGCCGCGAACCCAUCUCCUACCCGAACAGCCGCCCUGGACCCAUCUCCCCCGACCCAUCCCCCACCCAACCAGCCCAUCCCCCCAGCCGACCCCCAACCUGAGUCUCCGUCCCUGCCCCUCCCCCGUAUUCCUAGUGCUCUGCCCAUUGAUUAUGGAGCUCCCCUGUGUGGCAUUGUAAGCCCCCUUCUCAGAGCCAGAGCCAUUCACUGACUGGCGCAGGGAACACGUCCACCAUGUCAAUAAGCAUCCGGCAUCCACGGCAAAGCCCUUCCGCCCAUCCCAUCCCCCUAGUAGAAUUUGGGGCCUGGGCUGCAGAUCGCAGUGCUCCUGCCGAGUGAACCAGGCACUUCCACCAGGCACUCAGCCCUCCAAGUGACACUCUCACACAUUCCCAACACUAAUCCCAGACCCCUACCGAAGUAGACCUCUAGGACCCCGGGGCCACCACAGCAUUGCCCAUGGGGGGGUCCAGAUCCUUCUUACCAGCUAUGUAGACCUCAGGACCCUCCGCAUCAUCCCAGGCCCUCUUCAUCUUCCAGAAACGGCCUCCACCAUCAGUCCAGGACCCUCGUGAGCUCAGGCACGCCCGAGUUUUCCCAUACAGACCGCAGACACAGCUGCGGACUCUUGUGCCCUCUGCUAAGAACUCCUCUUUACCCUCAUCCCCGAUAAACUUAGCCUCCCCUCUCACAGACCUCAGCCCAGGACCAUGGAAGAUGCGGAGGGGCUACAGCGCUCCCUGGAAUCUCCAUGGUGAGCUGCCAUGAGCACCUGAGAGAGUAUAAGGACUGAGGCCCCAGGGCAAAGGGACUUCUUGGACCUGUGGAGCUUCAAAAUAGGCCCUUUUUCCUUAUUCAAAAGUACAUAUAUAAAAGUGUGAAUACAAUGUAAGAGACUAUAUUUGCCUGUGGUCUCGGCAGGAGAGACCAAGCUGUAGUCUCCCAAUCAGGGUGCAGGUGGCCGGGUACGAGACUCGAAGAUUGCUGGUGGGGCACAGGCCUGGUGAGUUGCCUUUUCUGCCACCCUGCACCUCUCCUUUCUCCUGGAUUGUAAAACCCAUGCACAAGACCUGUAGAGGGUACGAAGAAUGCAGCAGAGGAUGAAGAGGGAAAAUCCCAUGGAAUCUCUCCUUUUCACUUGUCAUCAGCAUUUCCCUUGUAGUUACAAAUCCUUCCUAAAGAUUUCUUGUUCUGUUUUGUUUUUCCAUGUUGAUGAAGGUCACAUGGGAUCCUGACACCAUUUGGAGGACAUUCAGAGAAGUAUGAAGAACACAAAGCACUUGGCUGGCCCCCUGUGGGCCUCUGCCCAGCACCCGCUUUCUAGGACACUCAUGCAUCAUCCCGCAUCCCGUGUUCUCUGUGCCUCAUGUCAUCUGAACAUCAUGUGUAUACUCCCUGUGGUCAUGUCAUGGUGUGUGUUGUGCACAUGGAACACCCCCCAUCACAUGGUGGGGGAGGUACUUGAUCCCACCACGUUCAACAGCUGGGCACUUUUAUAGUGAAUCUUGCAUCCUGCAUGCAAUCUCCCAAGUGUCCUUCAUAUAUAAGUGUCCAUAGUGCUUUCCAGAAAGGUCAUGCCAAUUUCUAUUCUCACCAGCAGAUCAGCCCAGAGUACAGUUGUUAAAGACAAACAACCAAAACCUCCGUUUAUUUUUAUAACGUUUAAUGUUUUCUUCAGUUAUAUAUUCACCAUAGUAGGCUUGGAAAUGUACAAAAGGUGUUUUUGUUUUUGAGACAGAGACUCACUUUGUCGCUCAGGCUGGAGUGCAGUGACAGAAUCUCUGCUUGCUGCAACCUCUUCCUCCGGGUUCAAGCGAUUCUCCUGUCUCAGCCUCCCGAGUAGCUGGGAUUACAGGCACGUGCCACCACGCCCAGCUAAUUUUUGUAUUUCUAGUAGAGACAUGGUUUCACCAUGUCAGCCAAGCUGGUCCCGAACUCCUGACCUCAGGUGAUCCACCUGCCUCACUCAGCCUUCCAAAGUGCGUGAGCCACUGCACCCGGCCACAAGAGGGUAUUUUUUCAUUGCCCUCUACUCUCCGUGUCUUUUCAGUCUCCAGUCUCCCUUGCCCUCUUCCUGCCCUCCUCUACCAGCUUGGAGUUGGUAGGAAAAGCAUGAAGGCAGCAAAGAUACCAUGGGCAGAGACUGCUGCUGCCGCCGUCACCGCCACCGCCAUUCAUUAUUAUGUAGCCCACCUGGCUGCUUCCAUUUAAAUUUAAAGUUCAGUUCCUUAUUUCAGGUGCUCCCAGCCACGUGUAGGUGGCUGCAUGGGUGGAGAAUGUCUGCAUCCCUGUCGGAGCUUCUGUUGCGCAGCGCUGGCUACUCCACGGGGGCAGCCAGUGGAGCUCCCGCAGCUCGUCAGUCGAUGAGUGUUGAAUGACUAGAUGAGAGGGAGAUAGACUCUAAGGAAAAAAGAUGUGUUCAGAAAGGCCUGGGGGGGGUGGAAGCCGGCCGGGACAUCUGGGAGGGGAGGGGCUGGGGUUUGAUGGCCGGUGCAAAGGUCCUCAGGCAGCCAGUGGCUUGAAUUCAGCGCAGAGUAGCCUUUGAGAGGCAUGUGGAAGAGGAGGUCAGGAGGUGGGAAAAAGUCAGGUUAGUUCCUUGGGGUGCUGGAGGCCAGGACUAGGAAGUGAGGAGCUGAGGGGCAUCCUGAGCAGGGAGGGCCACCAUCUGAUGUGGCCCCUCUGUCCCUGCCCCUCUCUGCAGGCCCCUGAUUGCUGACUCCGCCCACCUGCCACACCGGCUCUGUCUGGAGCCACUGAGACUCUUGGGAUCCAGUCCACACAGACCCUUCAGAGGGCACUCUGACCAGAGAAAUGCUCCCACGGCCCAAAGCCCCUGCCUCCCCCAGACGUCCCCAGACCCCAACCCCGAGUGAGCAGGACGGGGACCAUGGGCCAGCAAACCCCAGGGACACCGAAGCCCAGCGUCUGCGGUUCCGACAGUUCCAGUACCAUGUGGCGGGCGGGCCGCACCUCGCUCUGGGCCAGCUCUGGUCGCUUUGCCGCCAGUGGCUGAGGCCCGAGGCGCGCUCGAAGGAACAGAUGCUGGAGCUGCUGGUGCUGGAGCAGUUCCUGGGCGCGCUGCCCAGCAAGAUGCGGACCUGGGUGCAGUCACAGGGCCCCCGAAACUGCAGGGAGGCGGCCAGCCUGGUGGAGGACCUCACACAGAUGUGCCAGCAGGAAGUUCUGGUAUCUCUGGACUCGGUCGAACACCAGGACUGGAGUUUCGGUGAGGAGGAAGACAGGAAGAGCCCAAGGUCCCAGAGAGAACCAUCCCAGGCGUCUGAGCUGAUCCUGGAUGCGGCAGCGGCAGCCUCGGCACCCCCAGAGGAAAGCGAGUGGCCGGAGCCCACCCAGCUCCCGCAGGGUGUGCACACGAGGGCAGAGGCCGAGCCACCCCGCGCCCCUGGCUCGAUGGGGUCCCGGGCCCGCUUGCCUCUGAAGCCAAGUAUCUGGGACGAGCCUGAGGAAAUUCUCCCAGGGCCCUCCUCAGACCUGCGGGCAGAAGGGGCUGUGACCUCGGGCCCCAAGGGUCUGAGUGCUCAGAGAAUCAGUCCCCGAAAGAAAAACAGGAACACCAACCAGGGCGGCCGCCGGCAGCCAUCCCUCAAGCACACCAAAGCUGGCACCCAAGAGGCUGCUACAGGCACCCCGGGAGCGCCGCGUGGGCCCCGAGGGGGGAGGCCUUUCCAGUGUGCCGACUGUGGGAUGGUCUUCACCUGGGUCACCCACUUUAUCGAGCAUCAGAAGACCCAUCGCGAAGAGGGGCCCUUUCCGUGCCCUGAGUGUGGCAAGGUCUUCCUGCACAGCUCCGUCCUCGCUGAGCACAGCAAGAUCCACCUGCUGGAGCCACCCAAGAAGAAAGGCCCCCGGAGCAAGGGCCCCCGGGAAUCCGCCCCACCCAGGGAUGGAGCCCAGGAUCCGGCGGCCCCUCGCAGCCCCAAGAGGCCCUUCCGAUGCAGCGUCUGCGGGAAGUCCUUCCCCUGGAUGGUCCACCUCAUCGACCACCAGAAGCUCCACACUGUUCAUGGCCACAUGUGAAUGGCCAGCCUCGGGCCUCAGCCACCCAGCCUUGAGUCCCUGGGGGGCACCGAUGGGCCCCAGAAGGUGGGGACAUCCCCCAGCCCCACCAAUCCCUGGCCACCGCUGUUUCACAGAAGAUCCUGGACACCUGCUCUGUGGUCUCCACCCAGCAUGGGAGGGGGCAUCCCAGGGUCUCGGCUGAGAGGCAGCAGUUCCACAGCGUAGCCUGGUCAAUCGUGCACACUGUGUUUUGCAAGUGGAUUGAAGACGAGUUUCAUUAGUGUCUCAUUUUUCAGAAGCCUUGUGCAGGUCUCCCUGUGAGUACCUGACCCAGCGGCACGUUCUGCCGCAGGGUUUUCAUUUCACUGUGGAUAUCCCUGAGACCAUGAGGUCGGGAUCCCGCCUGGGCAGCUCCAACUCCAGAGAAGGGUGCAGCUGACCCCAGAUGCCCCGGCUGCCCUCCUGUGAGCUCAGCCCCCCAGAUAAACAGGGUUUUGUUUUCUUUCCUUUUUAUUUUUUUGGUGAAGCACACACAUAAAAUGUACCAUUUCAGUCACUAAGAAUGCACCUACUUUCACGACAUCGUGCAACUACCAGCACUCUCCAGCUCCAAGGACACUUCGCUCUCCCAGAAAGAGAUCCCACAGGUGUCAGCGCUCAUCCGCCCUUUCCCUCCCGCCCUGACAACCUGAAACUGCUUUCUGUCUCUGGAUUGCAGGCGGAGUCUUUAGGCUGACCUGCCUAUAUUUGGUUUGACUUACAGAAGGAUUUUCUUUUUUAAGACAGAUGCCAAUACUUGUUUAAAGCAUAAAAAUCUGGCUUUCUGCUCUGCCAGGAAGAACCAGAUGGUCUCCAAAGAGUGGGGCCGCCCAUCCUGCUUGGCUGGAGCAGAGCGGGGGCAGGCAGCAUCGGCACAACCUGCCGUCAGCGGGGACCCCGCCUGGGAUUCUGCUUCUGAUCGGUCCCCAAUUCAUCGUUGCCGGACACUGGUCCCUUUUCAAGCAAAAGCCUUAAAAGUUUUUGUCUUUUUCUUUUUCUCCUCCCAACUUCGUUUGGAAACACACCACGUUGGGCUGACUGUGAAUCCACACAGGCAGGGACCUUUUUCCAAGUCGCCUUCUAACUCAAAAGCCUUUGGACCUACCCACGUCACAUCCACCUGCUGCUACUUCUCAACCAAGCUGCCCCCACUCUCGGUCUGUCCUGAUGCCCGUCACGGGCUGUGCGGCUCCCGCAGACCCUCCACUGCCUUCACUUCACACUCGCUGCCGUGCUUGCCUUCUCACGCUUGCCUUCGUGGAGCUUCCCCCCAACGGGGCCUCCGGACCUUGCUUCCCAGCUCCCUCCGGCAUCCCCAGCUUUCCCUGCAGUCCCCACUGGGGGCUCCCGGCUCUAUCCCUUGCCUUAAUUGCUGGUGGGCUCCAGCUCCCCUCCUGGCGCCUUUUCUCUCAUCCUGCAAAGGAGGAGCUUCUUCUACCGAGCUCAGGAUGAAGGGUGGGGUCUUGGCCCCCGCAGUCAGCCCAUUACUCUUGGAAGCCCCGAGUCUUCCCUCAGGCACAGAUCGAUUGUCUAGGAAGACAGGAGGUGUAGAGACAACUCUCCCGAGCGCCCCCACCUGCCGGGAGCCAGGGGCUCAUUCCAUUCAGUUUCCAUCUCACUCUCCAACCCCUGGAGGCACAGUCACAGCUCUGUUCCUUGGAGCCAGAAUUGCAUAAGAAAGAGGGUGCCACUGCCCACAGGGCAUCGGUCAGGCUCCAGCCUUCCUGGGCUGGCCUCAGAGACAUCCACCUGGUGUCCUUCAGUCCUCCAACUGAGUUUGUCCAAAUAACUCAUCUUCCCUUGUGCAAAAACAAACAACAUGCAAACUGCCUCCCCGCUGGGGUUCCCAUUCCCCCUAGAGGGGCCACCACCUUCCAAGGCCCCAGAAGAUUUUUUUUUUUUUGAAAUGGAGUUUUGCUCUUGUUGCUCAGGCUGGAGUACAAUAGCGGAAUCUUGGCUCACGGUAACCUCUGCCUCCCGGGUUCCAGCGAUUCUCCUUACAGGCCUACACUACCACGUCUGGCUAAUUUUUGUGUUUUUAGUAGAAACGGGGUUUCUCCAUGUUAGUCAAGCUGGUCCCAAGCUCCUGACCUCAGGCGAUCUGCCCACCUUGGCCUCCAGGAAGGAUAUUUGAUUGCCUUGGGCACCCAGCUCCCAACCCCUCUCACUUCUCUUUUCUCCCCUGUGCCAUCAGCCCCAGGCUCUGUCCCCAUUUCUUGACUGCCUGCAGUUGCCUCUAGGCAAACUCUGCCUCCAGCCCCUGUUCCCUCUGCCCAUCCCCAUCCUGCAGCCAAUAGGGUCCCUCUAAAAUGUGGACACUGAAAGAGAAAGCCCAGCAGGGCAGCUCCAGCAUGUCCUUCCUGGCCCCGCUGCCCCCACAGCUCCCAGCACUGGGAUGCUGGAGGCUGGUUUCCUUAAAGCACUGUGUCUCCGACUGUCUCCACACUGCCUGUCACCCUGGCCUCCUCCUGUGCCUGGAACAGUCUCCACUGCCACACUUGACCAUGCCAAGCAUACAGCAGGCCCUCUGUAGUGAAGGGAUGAGUGAGUCAAUGAGUGAGCUUGUGGGCUGCAGGUUAGAGCUGGGGAAGCCUCCCUGGAGGGCCACUCUCACCACCCUGGCUGACAGAAGCAAGGACAUGGCUUAUGCUCUGGAAGACCGAGUCUCACAGGGCACCUUUCUCCCUGGCCGCCAGGGCCUCUGGGGUCAGAGGAGGGCAGGACAUUGCUAGGCUUCGAAGCUCUCAAAAUGAUUUUUUUAAAGGAAGAAAUAUAUCCAGGGAGCAGUAACUGUUAAGAGUGCAUUUUAAAUGUAUGUAUGUUGGACAGAUUAACUUUUUAAACCUUAACAUAAGGCGUGACACAGCUCUGCUAUCUAUGCUGUGACCGCAGGAUUGCCUGGGAGCUGCCCUGAUGCGCAGCCCACCUGCUGAUGGCUUGGGGAGGGGGUCCUGUCCCAGGUCACACCGAGGCAACCAGCAACAGGAAGCAGAGAAGGAGCUGAGAAGGGCCCAGCCAGUGGUCACCAGAGAGGGCAGGAAGUUCAGACCACAGCAAGUUCGGCACAGGAGUAGCUCAUCAUUGACUAGUAGAGUAUUAUUAAAGUCUUCAAAAUCCCUACCAGCUUUUAAGAAUUAUGAGAUUUCACACGGAAAUCCCAAUCUCUGGGUUGUUUUGCGAAAUCCAGACCUGGGACGCUGGGCUUACCAGGCCACACGAUCCCACUUGGCUGGAGCCAAGCAGCACCCGCCCCUGUAGAAAGAGCCCACCCCUGCAGGCAGGUACGGUUUAGAAGCCUGGCUGAGAACAAGCAGGAUCGGAGGGUCUGAGGAAGCUGGGCAGGGCUGCCUGGCCACCAUCAGGGCUGAGCAGGCUCCGUGCGGCCCCACCGACCGCUUCUCACCCGGGCUGUCAGACCACUUGGGAAAAACAGUUCAUCGUGUGUGUUCAUACCAUGUGAUCCAGUUUUUACUGGGGAAACGGGGGUGGGGGGGGUGGGGCACUGUAGUUUACAUCUUGUGAAAUACACACAAAAAUGUCUUGUUGCAUUUGGGUUUGUAGGAUAACUGAAAAACGUCAGUAUGUGUGCAUGGAAAGCCUCUGCUGCGGUGCAGUGAAACGCAGGCGGGUUUUCAGGGUGACCGUCGCAAGGGUGGGGCUUUACAGUUCUCGGAACGCGCGGGACACCCGUCAACAGCCACGAGGCUGGCUUUGCGUGCUUUACGUCAGUGCGUCGUGCAGCGCCUCGUAAUGGCCGCGCUUUUGGGGCUCGUGAAACUGUGCGUGACUAGCAGAUCCCUUCAAGUGUCUGUGUUUCCCACGAUACUUCCCAUUGCGUUCCCUGCUGUUUUCAGAGUUGUUUCAGCCAAAAGAAAAAAAAAAAAACCGCCCUCGUCCUGCAACGUUUCCUCAGCUGCAGAUACUGCACCCAAGGCCAGGCAGAUCGGCACGAAUCCGGACUCCCCGAAACUGGCAACAGCACGAGGCGCGGCCCUGGCUCUCCCGGCUUUGUCUCUGCUCCACGCACGUGUGACAGACGCCGGGGAAAUGGAGCCCCCGAGUGGGGGACAGUUGAGGGGCCCUCGUCAUGUGCUGCGCGCUGCUGCACCCGGGCCUAGCGCCUGGCGGGCUUCGUGACCGCUGGGAACAUGACAGCUCCCUCCGUGUCGACGAGGGUGCGGCGGCAGCUCUGGAUACCCGGCUGCCCGGCACACGCACGUCCCUGACAAUGCCCUGGCGGUGUCCGAAGCCGCCAUUCACCGCUAGUGCCCCGCACGUGAUGUUCCCUGUAGCCACGUAAUAAACACGGCGACAACGCUGCGCCGCCUCCGAGUGCAAAGGCUCCUGUGUGCGCGACCCGCUCAAUGCUGGAACGUGUGUGUUUGCAAAACCACGGCUGCUCUGGCAGGAAUGACGCUGACCGUGGCGUUGCCAACACGACCCAUCCCGCGCUGAUGCCCGGGCUCCCCGCGCGCCCUGACUCCCGCGUCACUCCCGGGCCCGCAGUACUGAGGGGGCCCACAGCGUCCGCGAGAGCAGGAUGGGGGAGGGCGGCCGGAAAUGCGCGCGGCCCGGCAGGAAACGGAGUCAGGCGCGCGCAGGCGUAGUGGCGGCUGCCGGCGCCGCGGCCUCGUCUCGCGGUCAGGUUAAAGUGCAGUGAUGCAAUCACAGCUCGCUAAAGCUUCAAACUCAUGGGCUCAAGUGAUCCUCCCACCUCAGCCUGUUGAGCAGCAGGGACCACAGUCGUGCGACACCAUGCCGGAGCAAGUGACCUUUGAGGACGUGGUGGUGGACUUCACCCAGGAGGAGUGGGGGCAGCUGGAGCCUGCCCAGAGGACCUUGUAUUAUGAUGUAAUUCUGGGCACCUUCAGACUUCUGGUUGCUGUGGGACAUUGGUUACCAAAGCUGAACAUCAUCUCCCUGCUGGAGCAAGAGGCAGAGCUGCGGGCAGUGGACCCUGGCGUUCCCCAAGGUGUGUACCAAGGUGAGAUGGGAGCCCUUCAGGGCUGAGAGAGGCCUGUCCAUGCUUGCUUCCUGGUUUCUCUCUCUGCAGCUGCUAAUUCUUCACAGGAAAUUUACUGCUUGGUCUUAGUGAAGAUUUAUCAAGCACUCAUUUUGCUGUGAGUGACACCAAGGCUUUAUCGUCACUGAAUUUACAUUCUUGGUGAGGGGGUUGGGAAGACAAGCAAUAAAUCAGUAAAAUAAUAAAACGA